AUGGAUACUCCUACUAUAGAAACCCCGAGUGAAUGGGUCGCAGCUGCUAGUUCAGUAGACGUCCUUCAGUGGAAUAUUUUCGAUUUCCGACCAACGGAGCUCAAUUCUGGUUCAGAGAUUGAAGGAAAACAGUUUCUUGCUCUCCGGGCCCUUUGGAAGUCUAAGGAAGCCGAGGAAUUUAAACCUGCUGCUGCUUGGGGGAUCGCUCUUGUGUUUGAAUGGAAAACUUAUCUCAAGGCCGCGUACCCGGGACUCUAUCCUAUCCCUCAAGUGCCAAGGGGUCUUGCAUCUCUGUCGAUAGUAUGGUACUACCACCAGCUGGUUCAGGGCCCAGCUGCUCCCCCGCAUGAAGUGCCUCGUCCUAAUCGCACAAUAGGAGGGUUAAACCAGUGUAUACAGAAGAGCUCUCAACUCCUGAACAAAGAACAUCGGAGUAUUCUCUACCCUGAUAUUGAGAAUGAGCAAAUUGUCAACACCCAUCUUAUUGACUUGUUCACUUCUCUCGGAAUCAUCUGUAAAAUCACCAACUGCCAAUGGAACAUUAGUCGAAAAGUCUUCAGGGUUCAGAAGGAGGUACAGACAACUCAAAUUGAUGAACAAUCAUCCAAGCCUGUUUCUGUCGUGAAAAAGGCACUACUCUUUGAAACACGAACGGACGGUUGUCUCUGGUCAGUUGAUGACCAGUUGAGAGCCAACAUUAUAUACUGGAACUCAAGUUAUCUAUCCGAGCAGACUUUACUCCGGUGAGAUUCCAAGAAACAGCAGAGAUGGCAGCCAGGAUAUAUACUCAAUCAGAUAACUCCGACACUCUCCAUUAUCAGUUACAAAACCUUUUCCUCAAUAUCUUGUCAAGACAUACUGAUGAGAAUACGGAUUCAGGCGCAUCAUGAUAUCUCAAAGCC